GGAGCGGACGGACGCGCCCGGUGCCCCGGGGGAGGGGCGCCACCAGGGAGCAGGAGGAGGUGGAGAGGAAAAGACGCCCUCUCUGCCUGAGACCUUUGGAGGCUCUGACCCCAGGGGCAGGGGACUGACAAGUUCCUCCACCUCAGCUGCCUGAAGAGGCCACGACCCUGGUGGGCCCUGAGCCCGCCGCACCAGGGGCCCCAGCACCACCCGGGUGGCCUAAAGCGACAGUCUCAGGGACCACUUCGAGGUUUCCAGUUGCCUAGACAACGAGCCCGGGGUCAGAGCCACCACCCUUCCAGCCACCUGCCUCCUCUGCUGCCUCAGGCACCAGUCCCAGCCCCGUGAGUCCAGCCCAGGUGACAUGACGGUGCUCUCUACCCCCCGGCCCUCGCGGGUGACCACGCUGAAGCGCACAGCUGUGGUCCUGGCCCUCACGGCCUAUGGAGCCCACAAAAUCUACCCCCUGGUGCGGCAAUGCCUGGCUCCGGCCAGGGGCCCUCAGGCGCCGGCCAGGGAGUCCGCGCAGGAGGUCUCUGGGGCCACCGCUGCCGCAGCGGCCAAGGCCGGUGUCAACCGGGUGUUCUUCCAGCGACUCCUGUGGCUCCUGCGGCUGCUCUUCCCCAGGAUCCUGUGCCGGGAGACGGGGCUGCUGGCGCUGCACUCGGCGGCCCUGGUGAGCCGGACUUUCCUGUCGGUGUACGUGGCCCGCCUGGACGGUCAGCUGGCCCGCUGCAUCGUGCGCAAGGACCCCCGGGCCUUCAGCUGGCAGCUCCUGCAGUGGCUCCUCAUCGCGCUCCCCGCCACCUUCGUCAACAGUGCCAUCCGCUACCUGGAGGGCCAACUGGCCCUGGCGUUCCGCAGCCGGCUGGUGACCCACGCCUACAGACUCUACUUCUCCCAGCAGACCUACUACCGGGUCAGCAACAUGGAUGGGCGGCUUCGCAACCCAGACCAGUCCCUGACGGAGGAUGUGGUGGCCUUUGCCGCCUCCGUGGCCCACCUCUACUCCAACCUUACCAAGCCGCUCCUGGACGUGGCUGUGACCACCUACACCCUGGUGCGAGCGGCCCGCUCCCGCGGGGCCGGCAUAGCCUGGCCCUCGGCCAUCGCUGGCCUCGUGGUGUUCCUCACGGCCAAUGUGCUGCGAGCCUUCUCGCCCAAGUUCGGGGAGCUGGUGGCAGAGGAGGCGCGGCGGAAGGGGGAGCUGCGCUACAUGCACUCUCGAGUGGUGGCCAACUCGGAGGAGAUUGCCUUCUACGGGGGCCACGAGGUGGAGCUGGCCCUGUUGCAGCACUCCUACCAGGACCUGGCUUCGCAGAUCAACCUCAUUUUGCUGGAACGCCUGUGGUACGUCAUGUUGGAGCAGUUCCUCAUGAAGUACAUGUGGAGCGCCUCGGGGCUGCUCAUGGUGGCCGUCCCCAUCAUCACCGCCACCGGCUACUCAGAGUCAGACUCAGAGGUGGCAAAGAAGGUGGCCCUGGAGAUGAAGGAGGAGGAGCUGGUGAGUGAGCGCACAGAAGCCUUUACCGUCGCCCGCAACCUCCUCACAGCUGCUGCAGACGCCAUCGAGCGGGUCAUGUUGUCCUACAAGGAGGUGACAGAGCUGGCUGGCUACACAGCGCGGGUCCACGAGAUGUUCCAGGUAUUUGAAGACGUCCGGCACUGCCGUUUCAAGAGGCCCGGGGAGCCAGAGGACACUCAGGCAGGGUCCGGGGCUGUGGUGAAAUCUGGUGUCCGUGUGGAGGGGCCCCUGCAAAUCCGAGGCCAAGUGGUGGAUGUGGAGCAGGGCAUCGUGUGUGAGAACAUCCCCAUCAUUACGCCCACAGGAGAGGUGGUGGUGGCCAGCCUCAACAUCAGGGUAGAGGAGGGCAUGCACCUGCUCAUCACCGGUCCCAACGGCUGCGGCAAGAGCUCUCUGUUCCGGAUCCUGGGUGGGCUCUGGCCCACCUACGGCGGCGUGCUCUACAAGCCCCCACCCCAGCGUAUGUUCUACAUCCCCCAGAGGCCCUACAUGUCUAUGGGCUCCUUGCGUGACCAAGUGAUCUACCCGGACUCAGUGGAGGAUAUGCGAAGGAAGGGCUAUUCAGAGCAGCACCUGGAAGCCAUUCUGGACAUCGUGCACCUGAACCACAUCCUGCAGCGGGAAGGAGGUUGGGAGGCCGUGUGUGACUGGAAGGACAUUCUGUCAGGGGGCGAGAAGCAGAGAGUCGGCAUGGCCCGCAUGUUCUACCAUAGGCCCAAGUAUGCCCUCCUGGAUGAGUGUACCAGCGCCGUGAGCAUCGACGUGGAGGGCAAGAUCUUCCAGGCGGCCAAGGAUGCAGGCAUCGCCCUGCUUUCCAUCACCCACCGACCCUCCCUGUGGAAGUACCACACACACUUGCUACAGUUUGAUGGGGAGGGCGGCUGGAAGUUCGAGAAGCUGGACUCGGCCACUCGCCUGAGCCUGACUGAGGAGAAGCAGCGGCUUGAGCAGCAGCUGGCGGGCAUCCCCAAGAUGCAGCGACGCCUCCAGGAGCUCUGCCAGAUCCUGGGCCAAGGCCCCGGGGUCCUCCAGGGCGCUGCGACCUGACAGAGGGCCCUGGCACUUAGCCCUCGGCCCCCGCUCCUGCCCAAGCCCUCGGACCACAUGAAGGAAACGGUGCCUGCCCACCCAGCCCCGCCCCGCCGUCCCACCCUGCCUCGGGCCCACCCUGCAUGCUUUGCUGUCCUCCCAGGCCUCCCAGAGGACAACCAGUGAAACUUGUGCCCACGUCCCGGGCCCGGUGGGUGAGGGAAAGGGGAGAGGGGCCAGAGGCGAGCCCCCACUCACAGCCCCAGCCUGUGUCCGGGAGCCUUGGCGUUUGCUGGGCGGCACCUCCCGAGGCUGGAGUCCCCCCAUUCCCUCCUCUGCCGUCCCUUGGAGACAUCACGGUCCAUCCCUCACAGCCACGUGGGACCCGCAGUGAGACAGGACUCGUCAUCUGUGCCCCUUCUCUGCACCCGUCAUCCCACAGAGCUCUCAGGAGGAAGAAUUGCACAGCAUUUCCUACCGAGCAGUGACAAGAAUGUAGUCCCCGGCCCGCUCCGUCCCUAGCCCUGUCUCCUUCAAGCUAAUUUAUUGAAUUCUUGUUUGUAACCAUCUCCAUCACCAACAUGAGCACCCUGCCAGCGGGGGAGAGCGGCCUGGGCCUCUCAGCCAGCCCUCUGCUGGCCCCCGCCACCCCACCAGCCUACACUGCCAACCACCCUGGGGUGGGUGGGGGCGGGCCAGCAGGCGAGGGGCGAUGGACGCUGGGGCUGCCGGGCAUGAGGGCACCGCUGUGCCCAGUUCAGUGCCAAAGAGGGGUCAGCGGGGAAACUGUCUCUGCAAAGACAGCCCCCCACCCGAGAGGGAAACCCCGCUGCCGCACCGCCGUGUGCCUUUUGGGCCCUCAGCCCUCGGGUCAGGGAGCCUCCCUCAGUUCCUCA